AUGGUUUCCAGCUUGGUUGGUCAAUUUGUUUGCUUUGUGUUCUUGGUGGUGGUAUCCAUUUCCAGAGUUCGAGCUAAGCAAACAGUUUUUGAUGUGACGAAAAACGGCGGCGUUGCUGAUGGAAAAACUGAUAACAGCAAGGCCUUCACUGAUGCAUGGACUCGAGCUUGUCAAACAAAUGGAGGUGGUGUGAUCUUAUUUCCAACCGGGAAAUACUUGGUAAGGCCAGUGAUAUUGAAAGGGGAAUGCAAGGGACCAAUUGGGUUGCAGAUAGAAGGGACCCUACUGGCUCCCCAGGGAGUCCAAUCUUCGGUUGAUAUGGACCAUUGGAUCAAAUUCCAACACGUUGACAACUUGGACAUCAAUGGUGGUGGUUUAUUGGAUGGGCAAGGACCCUCUGCUUGGCACCAUAACAACUGCCUGGAAGAUCCAGAAUGCAUGCGACUCCCUGCAAAUUUGAGAUUUGAUUUCGUCACAAAUCUAAACAUAGAUCACAUAACAUCGAUUAACAGCAAAAAUCUCCACAUCAACUUCUUUGCAUGCCAAGACGUAAAAGUUACCAACGUUAACAUAUCAGCUCCCGCUGAAAGCCCCAACACCGACGGAAUCCACAUUGGUUCUUCGUCCAACGUCCAAAUUUUGGACUCCGUGAUCGCCACCGGGGACGACUGCAUAUCCUUCAGCGCCGGAUCAAGCAAGAUCACCGUUAGCGGUGUUCACUGUGGACCAGGCCAUGGAAUGAGCAUUGGAAGCCUUGGCAGGGGAAAUAAUAAUGAUGUUUCUUUUGUCGACAUAAGAAACUGCUCCUUUGUUGGUACUGACAAUGGAGUGAGAAUCAAAACAUGGGCUCCCUCUAAACAAGGCACUGUUUCACAUGUUUACGUUGAGAACAUUCGAAUGGAUCAGGUCAAAAACCCUAUAGUCAUCGAUCAAAAUUAUUGCCCUGCUCAUAGGUGCAGUGCAACGGAAUCAUCCCAAAUUCAGAUUGUAGAUGUCAAGAUGAUUAACAUUUGGGGUACUUCAAGCACACCAAAUGCUGUUACUCUCAAGUGUAGCGAAACGAAGCCGUGCCAGAACAUUCAGUUGAGAGACAUCAACCUAAGUUACAAGGGUCCUGAGGGACCGGCUGUAUCAGCAUGCUCAAAAGUAGAUGUUAUAACUGACGGCAAACAAAACCCACCAGCUUGCACAAAACCUGUAAUACAGGUGCCCCACAACUUCGACGUCCUAAAUUAA